AUGGGUUGUAGUCGAUUUAUUCUAACGUCAUUAACAAUUAUUCGUUCAAUGCAUGAAAAAAAAUGUAAUGAACCAAGAUUCCAACGACUAAAACUACAUUCUGUUAAUAUUCCAAAUCUUAUGAAUCUAUUCGAAUUUUUGGUCUUAUCGAAUCGAGAAGAUCUGAUUCGACUUCGUGAUCUCAGAAGUUACUUUAAUGAAUUCAGUUAUAAAACAUAUCCUGAUCUUUUAUCAAAUAUGAAUCAUGUUGAUGCAUUCGAUGGUUACGAAUUAAAUUGGCAAAAUGAAUUAGUAUUAGUAACCAUUACAGUCAUUACUAUGAGAACGUUUACCAUUUGUAAUUCAACACGACAAGAUAAAAUUGCUGAUUUAGCAAUGAAAUGUCGUAGAAUCGGUGAAAAAUGGAUUUUUCUUAUUUCGAAAAAUCUUCAAAUAGUCUUGUCUUCAGCUCUUAAUGAAAUUGAACAACUUCGUCUCAAGAUGGUAACUAUUGGUAUUCCAUGUAUAUUAACAUUUUCAACUCAUUCAGAUCGAAUACAUUAA